GUCCCAGCAGGGUGGCGCCUUCGCUGUCAGACUCACGUCUAUGGGCGACUCCGUCAUGGAUGUGAGCGGGGCCUACUGGAAGCUGGAGCACACAGAGGACCGUACUCCACCUGGCUGAACCCAGGCCCUGUGACUGAGGUGACCAGGCUGUCCUCGAAGCCACACAGCUGGGUUUUCACUACACAUAUCGGAGAGUAAGGGUUUCAAAAGGUGCAGCUGAAGGCAGCAAACUACUGUGUUCAGUUCAGGGUGAAGAAUGAAUGGCAGGUUCAUGUUUUACAUAAACACUGGGAGGGGAAACUCAGCUUCCUAGUACUGUUUAACCACACUUACCCUUCAGAAAACAUUUUGUUCUUGGAGACUGUGCAACACAGCUUGGUAAAUCCAUUUUCAUGGGUUUGUACAGAGCUUCUCAGUCUUUGGUUUGACAUUUCUGAGAUAAGAAUUUCUGGCUUUGGUUUAUUUAGUAGAAUCACAUGGAGGGUCAUUGCUUUCUGCCACAUGGCCAUGACUGACACACCGUGGCUAAUUGGAGUUAGCUUAAAACCAGCGAGAACAACCUGCCACCCUCGUCCCCGGUCUUUCGGACACUAGUGUUUCUCCCUGUUCAGUGCUGAACUGAAGCAAACAUGGUUUCGGGACUUUCCACUUGUUGUCGUCCUGAGACCCCUCCGUCCAUCUCGUUCUCAGGAUCUGGAUUCAUGGCCACCUACCAGCUGGGAGUGGCCCAGUGCUUCAGGGAUCUCGCACCCGGGCUCCUCCGCGCCGCCCCGUGCGUCCUCGGUUCAUCUGCUGGGUCUCUGGUAGCAGCUGCUGUGGUCUGUGAGAUGAGCCCCACUGUGAUUCGGGAUGAGAUGCUGCACUUUGCCAAGCAGAUGAAGGCUUUUGCUCUCGGGCCGCUGAACCCCUCAGUCAGCGUUUUCCACUGGCUGGAGCGCGUCGUGCUCAAACACCUCCCCGCCGACGCGCACCGGCUGGCCAGCGGCCGCCUCGCCGUGGCCAUGACUCGGCUGACCGACGGCAGGUGUGUCGUGGCGUCUGAGUUCGGGUCCAAAGACGACGUGGCACAGGCUCUGCUCGGCAGCUGCUUUGUGCCUGGGUUCUGUGGGAUGCAGCCUCCGUCCUUCAGAGGAGUGUAUUACGUGGACGGAGGAUUCACCAGCUUCCAGCCGGUUCUGCCCACUCCUACUUUGACAGUGUCUCCGUUCUCUGGAGAGUCCGACAUCUGUCCCGCAGACGGGCCGUGCAUGUGGGACUUGGUCGUGAGUGGAGCCACCCUGAAAGGCAGCAUGGCGAACAGCUUCAGGAUCAUGAAUGCUCUCUAUCCGUUGAGCCUAGAGACUCUGGAACAAGCCUACCACAGCGGCUACGUAGACGCCACUCACUUCCUUCUGCAAAAUGAUCUUGCCCCAGGUUUGACCAUACACAAGCUUUCCAUUGACUGCAAUGAGACUAAAACACGGCUCCAACUAGAUAUUACUGAUGAGGAUGAGGAUGAGAUGAAGGCAGAGGAGGAGACUACGCUGACUUAUCUAGACACCAGCUGCAGGCAGGUGGGCAACUGGAACGGACCUGAACGCAACACUAACAGACCAAGAGGAGAACCCAGUCUGCAGCUUGACGUGGUAAAGAAUGUUCCGCUGCAUGAGACCUUCAGUUACGUAAGCAUGUUUCCAGCGUGGAUCUUAUCGUACCUCCUCCUUCCUCUGAUGCUGAUGUUUCACUUUGUUCUCCAGAACAGGGCCAGCAUGGAGCUGGUGUUCCUGCAGGCUCUGGAGCUGCUCUUCAAGGCCUGGCACAGCCUCAGAAACCUGACCUUCUUCGUCCUCAGCAUCUUUCUCUCCAGCCUCAAGAGGAACUUAAAUGGCAGGGUCUUUCCCCUCAUUCCGUUUUUGCAAUGGAUGAGACGUCUCACACGAUAUGAGGUUGGACCAGAGGUCCCCAGGAAAUUGCAGUAGCGGAGAGGCUUUUGAAUUUCAUUUCAUCCACUUGCUACCUCACAUGAACUUAUUCACAUAGCUGUAAAUAAAUCCAGCACACUACACUACAUGUACCUUACUGUAUACGCUGUAAACCUGUGUUUAACCUUUCACUUGCUUAACAUUCACUGUGACAGAAAUCAACUUGCUUUGGGGUCUAUUUGUUGACUUCAAAUGAAUAAAUAAUGCUUUUGAUGUC